AUGGCCCCCGUCGACAGGGGCUGGGCUUGGAUGUCUGUUGUGGGUUGUUUUGGUAUGCAUAUAUUAGCUGUUGGAGGUAUCAAAUGUUUUGGUGUGUUAUUCGUGGAGCUAGAACAUCACUAUGAUACGACUUCUAGAGCAAUAGCCUCUAUCCAAGCUAUAGCCUCUACCCUCAUGAUGGCCUUGAGUCCUGUAUCAAAUGCUUUGAGUGAAAAAUUUGGAUGUCGUAGAGUUGUCUUUCUUGGUGGAACGUUGUUACUAGUUGGAUUUUUCACCUCUGCCUUCGUUCCAGCGUAUGAAUGGUUGUACCUUACUUAUGGGGUUAUUGCAGGGUGUGGUUUUGGAUUGAGUUAUGCCCCCUGUAUCGUCUUUGUCGGACAUCAUUUUCGGAAAUAUCGAGCUUUAGCCAAUGGCCUCUCAGUAUCUGGCAGUGGUUUUGGGCUGUUCGUUUUCCCUCCUUGUAUGCAUUAUUUCAUUGAAUACUAUGGACUUGCAGGGGCUCUGAUGCUGAUUGCUGCUUUUGAUUUCCAUAUUUGUGCUUGUGCCAUGCUGUUCCGCCCCCUUGCAGACUAUAAGACAAAAAUUGUGAAAAAUUUACCAACAGAUCAGAAAACUCAUAAUAACUCAUCAUCCAUUUUGUGUUGUCAUAAAACAAAAAAUUCAUCUCGAAGUAAUUCACAAUGUCAAAAAUAUAUAACAUUACUAACGAACCCAGUUUUUCAAAUUUUUAUUUUUUCGAUACUGCUGGCAAAUUUUGCAUAUCCAACCGUGUUUAUCAUGGUGCCAUCAUACGCGGAGGAGAUCCACGUCGACAAACAAUCGGGAGCUUUGAUGGUCUCCAUUAUUGGAAUCUCUGAUUUGAUUGGUCGAAUUUUUUUUGGUUGGUUUUCAGAUCGUAGAUUAAUCGCGCGAAAAUACGAAUUCAUGGGAACCAUGGGUAUAAGUGGUGUCCUGAGUCUGAUUUUGCCGUUUGUGAAAACGAAAGUAGCGUUAUUUGUCUAUUGUGGAUUCUAUGGUUUUUUUGCUGGAGCUUAUAUAUGUCUGAUCGCUGUGGUACUGGUGGAUGUUUUGGGAUUAGAGAAUUUAUCUAUGGGAUUUGGGAUCGUGGGAUUAAGCAUGGCUAUUUCAAUGCUAGCUGGUCCUCCUAUUAUUGGUAAGAUCUUGGUCCUUAUUUCAUAA